AUGAAGUCUUCUGUUGCUCUUUUGUUCGCCGCCUCCGGCCUGGCAUUGGCUCAGCUUAACGAGCUACCAAGAUGUGCUAUGUCGUGCUUCACCCAAGCAGUCGGCGCUUCCAGCUGUCAGGCGACUGACUUCAGCUGCCAAUGCACGACUGGUCGACAGGCUGUUCAGCAGGCUCUCAUUCCCUGCUUGUGCCAGUCUGACUGCACUCCUGACGACAUCACCACUGCUCUCACAGCAGGCGAGAAGAUCUGCGCUGCAGCUCUCUCCUCCGCCAGCCAGUCCUACGCCGCGCCUACUGCCAUGCCCUCGAACGUCUGCGCCGCCUUGGCCUCUGCCAUGCCAACUGGAUCCGCAACUGGCUCCAGGAACAGCAGCGCGCCGGCCACCGCAUCCGCAACUGGCACCGCCACCCCAACCGGCUACUCGAACAGCACCGUCACCGGUACUGCCAGCGAGUCGGGUGCCACUGAGACGUCUGAGAGCACUGGUGGAUCCGAGAACAACGAGGUCUCCGCCAAAAGCACUUCUGAGGAGACUGGUACUUCGGAGACUGGCACUGCUUCGGCAUCGCUGGCCUCCUCUACCGGCGCUGCAUCGAGGAUGGGUCUUGAGGGCGCGCUUGUCGGACUUGCCGGUCUGGCUGUGCUGGCUCUCUAG